GUGAGCAGCCGUUUGUAUGUGAUCAUGUCAACUGCAGUCGUCGAUUCACAGAACAGUCUAGCUUACGUAAACAUAAACUUACUCACUCUGGGGAUAAACCAUUUGAGUGUAAAAUCUGUGGCAAGAAGUUCACCCAGAGCGGCAGUCGACGACAGCAUCUGAUACGUCAUCACUUGGACGAUGAGAUCAGACACAGCUUUAAGCAGGAGGGCACAGAGAAGGAUGUCGAGGAGGAUGAUAUGGUCAGUGACGAGAGGAAAGAGGCAAUCAGAACUAGCACCAGUUGUAGCCAUGCCUUACAGACAGACCCAGUAACAAUCAGUGCAGUCUCCUGCUCACCACAAGUCUUAGUGCUCAACAAUACCUACCCAAGUUUAUCAAGCGCAGAAUCCAUUGUUCUCUCGCAUGGAUUGAGUGACCAUUUAGUGACAGUCAAAUCAGAAGUAUUGGAUCAUCCAAUGGGCGAACCACAGAGUAUUUCUCUCUCACACACGCUGCUGUCAUCGAAUGGAUUCCAUGAUGCAGUGCUGCAUGGGAAGUCUGAUGACUUUGUGGUCCUGUCCGAGGCUCCUAUUUAUGAUCAUGAUGACAGUCCGGCAGACAUUGUGUAUACUACAGAUACACUAGACCAUGAGGAGGUUACUCAUGCUGACUAUGUCAGUUCUCAUAUAGACUACACAGGGGAGUCAACUCAUUCAAACUACUCCAGUCAUAGGGGGAUAACUCACAGUGAUGACUUUACACAUCCAGAGUUCUCUCACCCCGACAACUACAUCACUCAUGCAGGUGAUAUUGCUGUGGCUGAGUAUGUGGCGGCCGAAUGUGUGCAGCAGGACAGCGGCUUCACCGACUCCAAAUCUUUGCCACACUCGUAUUUAGAUUCAGACAGAGAUGUAGUACAUACAGAAUUCAUUGGUGCCGAGGAGGUUACCACAGCUCAGCAUUCAAGUAACCCUGGUUCAGAUCCGUCCUUCAUUGAAAAUUCUUCUUUAGAGUGUAGACAGGCAAGAGCAUUAACAGACUAUGUGCGUAAUCACUAUCCGGGGAAACUUGACAGCUUCACUUUAGGAAAAGCCACUUUCAUUGGCCACCCUUCCUGUCAUCUGGACUCGUCAUUCAUGUUGGAUUCAGCUGCAUCGGAUACUGGUCAUUCAUUGGUGGUUGUUGAGGUUACAGGCCACACUUCCCAGAUCAUCCAUGCAGAUUCUGUGGGUAGGAGCAUGCGCAUGGAUCCCUUGAUGGAGUGUGAUGAAGAACCUGACAGACAUCAUUUUUUACCUGUUUCAUAG